AUGAGAAAGGCCUACAAUUUUUUAUUGAUCAAAGAAGGGAAUUCCACGACGACAUUGCCAGAGCCCCAGCAUCAGACUCAACCCGAGCCCCAGGAUCAGGCUCAACCCGAGCCCCAGCAUCACGCCCAGCCCAAGCCCCAGCAUCAGGCUCAACCCAAGCCCCAGCAUCAGGCUCAGCCCAAGCCCCAGCAUCAGGUGAAAAAACUAAGUGCAUUGGGCUAUGUGCCAAAUCUAUUUUUUGCCAAGAAAGAUAAGGCCUCUGGAAAGUGGGUGGCUGAUGUUGUUACCCAUCUGACACCCACUGAGGAUAACCUAAAAAUUGUGGCCACCAUGAGAAAGGCCUACAAUUUUUUAUUGAUCAAAGAAGGAAUUCCACGACGACAUUGCCAGAGCCCCAGCAUCAGACUCAACCCGAGCCCCAGGAUCAGGCUCAACCCGAGCCCCAGCAUCAGGCCCAGCCCAAGCCCCAGCAUCAGGCUCAACCCGAGCCCCAGCAUCAGACUCAACCCGAGCCCCAGCAUCAGGCCCAGCCCGAGCCCCAGCAUCAGGCUCAACCUGAGCCCCAGCAUCAGGCUCAACCCGAGCCCCGGCAUCAGGCCCAGCCCAAGCCCGAGCCCCAGCAUCAGGCCCAGCCCGAGCCCGAGCCCCAGCAUCAGGCCCAGCCCGAGCCCCAGCAUCAAGCCCAGCAUCAGACUCAACCCGAGCACCAGCAUCAGGCCCAGCCCGAGCCCCAGCAUCAGGCCCAGCCCAAGCCCCAGCAUCAGGCUCAACCCGAGCCCCAGCAUCAGGCUCAACCCAAGCCCCAGCAUCAGGCCCAGCCCGAGCCCCAGCAUCAGGCUCAACCCGAGCCCCAGCAUCAGACUCAACCCGAGCCCCAGCAUCAGGCUCAACCCGAGCCCCAGCAUCAGGCUCAACCCAAGCCCCAGCAUCAGACUCAACCCGAGCCCCAGCAUCAGGCCCAGCCCAAGCCCCAGCAUCAGGUCCAGCCCGAGCCACAGCCUCAGUUCUUGGCCCUGGCUGAGUCCCAGUCUCAGGCCCAGGAAAAUGAGACCUUUUAUCUUUCAGAUUUAUACCCUGGGCAAGCAGAAGUAA